AUGUCGGCGGAGAAGGCAUUACCUUUUGAUCAGUAUGAUCCAAGCGGUCUGCCGGACUUUGACAACGAUUUUAUCGAUCCUGAUGACCUUGACCGUUUCGAGAAGGCGUUGAAUGCCCCGGAAGCUUCUCCACUGGUAGCCAUCAACGACUGGCGCCCAAUCAACCAACGCGUACGAAAGACACGCGGUCGCCGCAAGACCCCCAAACGAAGCAAGGAUGAAACAAGGGAAGGUGUCCUGUACACAGUCCUCAAAUGGCCGUUCCUGUUCACCGUAUUCGCGUGGAUUGCCUUCUUGAGCUGCGGCUACGUGCUAGUGCGGGUGUACAUCUUCCUAUACGAACAAUGGGUCACAUGGCGGGGAAAGAGAGAGCGGCUGCGCCGAGAUCUAUCUUCGAAGACGAACUAUCCGGACUGGCGGAAAGCGGCCCAGGCGCUGGAUGUCCAUCUUGGGAAUGAGGAGUGGAAGCAGGCGGACGCUUAUGCUUACUAUGACUCUGAGACUAUCAAGAGGGUGGUAUCGGAGCUGCAGAAGGAGAGGAAGAGGGCCGAGGCUGAGUUACGGCACGGGCGCCCGGGCACUGCAGAGCCUCCAGCUGUCGAGGACCUUCGCUCUUUGUUGGAAGCCUGCGUGAAGAACAACUUUGCUGGAGUGGAGAACCCUCGGAUUUACAGUCAGACUUACUCAGGAACCAAGCAGUUGGUGCAGGAGUACAUUGACGAAGUACAUGCCUGUAUUCAGCUAGUCUUGGAUAGCAAGCAGAUCGAUCGAGAUACCAAGAAACAACAUUUCCGACAGCUUGAUACCAACUUCGGACGCACGGCGCUCUGUCUGUCGGGUGGCGCCACAUUUGCUUACUAUCAUUUUGGGGUUGUUAGGGCGUUACUAGAUAACGACAUAUUACCAGAGAUUAUUACCGGGACGUCAGGCGGAGCAUUAGUGGCGGGGUUGGUGGCCACUCGGACCGAUGAUGAGCUGAAGCAGCUGCUGGUUCCCGCCUUAGCUCAUCGCAUCCGCGCUUGUCAUGAAGGGUGGACCACCUGGAUUCGUCGUUGGUGGAAAACGGGCGCUCGGUUCGAUACACUAGACUGGGCCAAACAAUGCAGUUGGUUCUGUAGAGGUUCUACUACGUUUCGAGAAGCCUAUGAACGAACGGGCCGCAUCUUGAAUGUAUCCUGUGUUCCCUCUGAUCCUCACUCCCCGUCUAUUCUGGCGAAUUACCUGACUUGUCCGGAUUGCGUCAUUUGGAGCGCAGUUCUCGCUUCUGCUGCGGUUCCCGGUAUUCUGAACCCGGUGGUGCUGAUGUAUAAAAAGCGCGACGGUACUCUUGCACCUUACUCCUUUGGCCAUAAGUGGAAGGAUGGUAGUUUGAGAACCGACAUCCCAAUCAAGGCACUUAAUUUGCACUUCAAUGUGAACUUUACCAUUGUCUCGCAGGUUAACCCGCAUGUCAAUUUGUUCUUUUUCAGCUCUCGGGGCACUGUGGGUCGGCCAGUCACCCAUCGCAAGGGUCGUGGCUGGCGCGGUGGUUUCCUUGGUACCGCGAUCGAACAAUACAUCAAAUUGGACCUCAAUAAGUGGCUCCGCGUGCUUCGACACCUUGAGCUUCUGCCAAGACCCUUAGGUCAAGACUGGAGCGAGAUCUGGCUACAGAAAUUCAGUGGCACAGUCACCAUCUGGCCGAAGACCGUUGCCUCCGAUUUCUACCACAUUCUCUCCGACCCGACGCCGGAGCGGCUUGCGCGCAUGAUCCAUGUUGGUCAGCAAAGCGCAUUCCCGAAAAUCCAAUUCAUUAAAAACCGGCUGAACAUUGAAAACACUAUAAUGAGAGGGCUCCAGCAAUGCUCUACCACCGGUCGCUCCUUAUCCCCGAUUCUAUCUCGCCGGCUACCUUUCCCAGGCAAUGAGGACUCACUGGUCGAGCGAAUGGACGACACCUUUCCCGAACGCCAUGACACCUACAAAGGCGACUCGACAGAUGAGACUAUGUCGCAAUCUACCAUCUCGCGCCCACAGACCCCAACCUCGAAUCCUAGGAGGGGUAGCCUAAUGGAGGAGAUGCGCCGCCAGUCAGCGGUCUUCUUUGACGACGACCUUUACGGAGACGAUUACGCUCCCGUCACCUGA